AUGGCUUCAGAAUUUGGACUCACUUCAGGUGCCUUGAAGGGUAUCCUUUCCAAGACCGAAAGUCAUUUAUAUGUCAACAAACCCAUUGUAGCCCAAGUUUCAAAUGUGAAGAUGAUUGAACAAAAGGAUGAAAAUGGUCAAUCUUCCGUAAGAUAUCGUGUUUUACUUAAUGAUGGUGCAUACUCGUUACACGGCCUCAUACCAAACGAAUGUGUUCCUUACUGUGAAUCCAAUGGGUUCAAGAAAACUUCCAUCAUCAGUAUCAACAAGUACGAAUUGGUCACAUCUCAGAAACAUAUUAUGGUGAUUCAAGAUCUUGAAAUCAAACAAUCAACCAGUCCAAAAGUCAGUGCUAAUUUGAUUUCUGUAGAUCAAUACUAUGAAAAGCACCCAGAAGAAGAUACAUUGAGCCUUGCCUCUAAGCUUCAACAACAAAAUGGAACUCCUCAACCUCAACAACCAGUUAAAUCCGCGUCUCCAUUCCCAGACAAUGGUAGCAGCAACAACAAUAACAGCUACAACAACUCUUCUACGCCCGCCAACAAACCGGCCAAUAAGAGCUCCUUCCAACAACGUCACAUCAACGCCAUCGAACAGUUGUCUCCUUACCAGAAUCAAUGGACUAUUAAAGCCAGAGUGUCAUACAAGGGUGACAUUAGAAAAUGGUCAAAUGCUAGAGGUGAAGGUAAACUUUUCAACGUUAACUUUCUUGAUGAAUCUGACGAAAUACGUGCCACGGCUUUCAACGAAUUGGCUGAUAAAUUUUCUCAAGAAUUAGAAGAAGGGAAAGUCUACUAUGUUUCCAAGGCUAGAAUUCAACAAGCUAAACCUCAAUUCUCUCAUUUGAGUCAUCCUUAUGAAUUAUCCCUUGACAGAGAUACUGUAAUUGAAGAAUGCUUUGAUGUAAGUGACGUACCAAAGAUCAAUUUUAACUUUGCCAAAUUGAAUCAAAUCCAAAACUUUGAACCAAAUGCCAUCACCGAUGUCAUUGGUGUUCUUAAGGAAGUUCAACCAGUCUACCAAAUCACUGCUAAAUCUACUGGGAAACCAUUUGACAGACGUAAUGUUACCAUUGUCGAUGAUUCUAAUUUUGCCAUUGUAGUUGGGUUAUGGAAUAACACUGCUGUUGAUUUCAACACUAGUGAAGGUUCCGUAGUUGCAUUCAAAGGUUGUAAAGUGCAAGAUUUCGGCGGUAGAUCUUUGACUUUGACCCAUGCUGGUACCAUGAUUGCUAACCCAGAUACCCCUGAAGCAUACCAAUUGAAGGGUUGGUAUGACAACCUGGGAAAGAAUGAACAAUAUCAAACCUUGAAGACAGAAGGUCCAAGUGGUGCUUCAAGUAGAUUAACCAACAGAAAGACUAUCCAUCAAGCACAAGAAGAAAACUUAGGUAUGAAUGAAAAGCCGGAUUAUUUCAACCUUAAAUCAACCAUCAACUUUCUCAAGGUUGAAAACUUUUGUUAUCCUUCUUGUAACAAUAUUGUGCAACCAAACUCACAGGGCCCACAAAGAGAACCAACUACCUGUAACCGUAAGGUUGUUGAAACUGGUGAUGGCUGGAGAUGUGAAAAAUGUGACCUCAAUUUCCCAGAACCUGAAUACAGGUAUAUCUUGAAUAGUUCAGUGAUGGAUGCCUCUGGUCAAUUAUGGAUGACUUUGUUCGAUGAACAAGCUCGUAAAUUGUUUGGAAUCUCUGCUGGUGAACUUCUCAAGUUGAAAGAAAAGAGUGAAGUUGGCGAAUCUACCGAAUUCACUCAAUUGGUGAAUAGUGUAACCAUGAAGGAGUUCAACUUUAGAAUAAAGGCUAGACAAGACUCAUAUAAUGGUGUGAGCAGAAUAAGAUACCAAGCUCUUGAUAUAGCAGAAGUUGACUACAAUGCUGAAUGUGAACAUUUAUGUAACGAGCUUGAUGCAAUGCUUAAAUGA